AUGUCUGUCGACCAGACGAUAUCGGAACUGAGCGGGACACUCUCCCAGCUCAGUCUCUUGGUCUCGCACAUCAACGGACAGAUAUCUGGCAUUACAGGCCGGAUAAAUCUCACCCUUGACAACUUCGACCAAGUCUGUUUUGUUUUAUUCUUUUUUUUUUUUGUUGCUUUUCACUACCCUAACACGACCGGCCGUCUUGAACAGACAAUAAAAAUAUAUUCUUUUUUCGAAAAAAGUAGGAUUUUUCGAAAUUUUAAUGGGUCUAAACCGGUGUAAACUUUUUUUGAUCGACCUUUUAGAUGGUGUUGUAAUAAUGAACCGUGAACAUUUGUACUUUUUCCAUUUUCCAGGCAGUGGCGAACAUCGCGAAAGAUGCGGGGUCCGUCACUUACCAAGUUGGAGACACUUUUCAACAAGUUUGGCUUUUUCUCAAGUUUCCUCUCGAAAAUAAAUUAGGCGAAGAGUAGUUCCACAACUACAAUCCGGAAGAAAACAGGAAUUAUUGAGGUGCCCAACUCUUGGGUGUUCUACCUGCUGUUCAUCACUGUGAUUAUCGUGUUCCUCCUGCUUUCGAUCGUCCUUUUGUUGAACCUGGUCACAAAAGCCCAUGCAAUCUACUCCAUAAUGAAAAGAAAAGAUGACGACAGUUAGUUUACCUCUUUUCUGCUUUUUUUGAAGCUUUUCGAUGUGUUUUUCCAAUACUUCUUCAAGAACUUUGCUCUUAGAUACUCUAUUCUGUCGCCUUUCACACUAUCCCUUGUUUUUUUUUCCCCGCUUACUGAAAAAGUCUAGAAUUUUCUUGCAACACAACAAAAAAAAACUCAUAAAAAAGAUUUUUGAAGCAAUGAGAAAGUUUAGAAACCUACUGUCUAGCAGAGUUUUAAUCAAAUCGAGUUCAAAAGUGGGAGAAUUAAUUCGGUCAUCGGUUGACUUAUUUUUUGGAAUAGUUUUUUGAAGUGUCACACCGAAAGUUUUAGUUUAGUUCGGAAUUUAAAAAAUGCCAAAAAGUGAUAAAAAGUCUGGAAGUUUUCACUUUCCAGUAUUCGAGUGCUGUUUCGAAGACAAUGAAACUUAUCAAAAGCUAGUGGCCAUUUUUAGAAUGGAGUCCAUUUUCUCAAAAUCUUUGUCAGACUUUCAAGAAUAGAUUCUAGUUGUUUGAGAGUUUUUUUCGGCUAUUUUUGCAAAAAAAAAGUGGUUUUGACAGGAUUCUUAACAGCAAAAGAAAACCCCUCUAUUUUUGAGCAUUUAUAGAAAGUCCAGGGAAAAUCCAAAUCUCAAAAAUUGAAUCAAAUGAAAUGGCAUGUUGUGAGAAGCUGUUCGUUAUCACGUUUCGCUGAACUCUUUUGUAUUCUCUGACACGUGAAGCCUUUUUCAUUUUUUUCGAACUUUUCUCGAGUUUCUAACUGUUGUGAGAAGAACUAGUGUGGCGUGCACAGGUUCGCAGAGACUGAUGGCGAGGGAGCCGCUGGUAGUCGUCGAGAAGCCGCCGACGCAGCCGCCGUCGUCGACCACGUCGUCGCUUCUGACCGGAGGCCGGCACAGCUCCUUCCGCCACGUUUCCGUCGCGAUGGAGCAGGAGCCACGACGUCUCGGCUUCCGACGAGGUUUCUGCAUCCUCUUCUGUUUGAUCCCUCUUCAGUUUUAAAGGAGCUUCUAUUCAUGAAACGUGCAUGUUUCCAUAUUGACAUUACUAUCGUUCGCUUGAUUAAUUCUGCCGAUGAAUUCAAAUAAGUCGUGGCGCUGUAGGUUUUUGUAAUAUUGCUUUUCCAGUAAUUUUAUAACAAGUAAAAACAUGGGCAUGUCGCUGUCGACUGUGAAGUUUUAUGAAUGUUUGUAAGCUUCGAUUUUUUUCAGGGGCGCAAACAGUCCUAAAAAAAUCACAAAAAAAUAUAUAUAUAUAUAGAAGUUUAAAAAGCUCUCUAUAUUUAUUAAGCAAUGUCGAUUAGAUAUAGUUGUACAAUAUUUCUCUUUUUUUUGUUUUGUUAUAGCGUAUGAAAAACGGAAAAACGUUUUUUGCGACAAAGAAUGCCGCGCUUUUUGAAGAGAAGUGGGCGUGGCUCUGCGGUCUCUUUGAAGCUGCUUUUCUUCUCGGAUAAUUAUCUUUACGAAGAAAAAAGUCUGUCAAUCCCUCCAAAAUUCUGAUUACGUUCAACAAAACUGUCUAUAAGCUCUACAACACUCGCGGGAGUUGACAAUUUUUUUUCGCUGUAAAAGAAAAUUCAUAGAUUUUGAACACGCAAAUCGGAAACAUGUUUUUUCAAUGUGCAAAAUAUAAGGCAAGGUGGUGGUUUUACAGAUGUUUUAUUUUUUUUAACUAAUGUUCCGCACUUUCAAAAGAUAUUUUUCAGAAAUGCCGAAUCAAUGAUUUCUAGAUUCAGAUACGAACGGAGCUAAUGUGACGUCAUCUUCGGAUGGUCCACGGGCCUACCAACGACGCGGCGACGACGCCGGCAAGUACAACGUCGAGUCCGGCACGAUGACGCCAUUUCCUCGGACUCUCGACGUCUGA